AACUCGAGAGAGAAGUGACAGGUAGGAAGACCGUUGUGUAGCUACCAGACCAGACAGACUCAGAUAGACAAAAAUGUCAAACUCAUGAAAGAAAAUGGUUCAUAGUAAAGUCGACAGUUUGUGAGAGAGACAGUUAUAAAAGUGUUGAUGGGAAGUUGCCAGAGAAAUGCAUAUUAGUUUGAGAAUACACUUUACAACUUCGAUGUGGAUCAUUUCAUAUUUAAGGUCACAAUGAGUGGACAGCAAACUUUUUAAAACUUAAAAUUGUCAUAACAAAAAGGAAUUUCUAGCACAUAUAAAAUACGUGGGGCAGUGUCAGAACGAUUUGUCAACGGAAGGCGCUUGUCAUUGGAGGAUGAUCACUAAAUUAGAUCAGAAUACAUCACAGAAGGAAGUUGAGGAUGUGUUCAACGGGUCGAGACAUAAUAAUCCCCUAAUCACAGACACUUUCUAUCCUCUUCAAAUGAAAUAGCCUACAAUCUCAGUUCAUCAUGCACAGAAGGAGGAUGCUUCGGGCACUCCCUGUUUUUAUAUUUAUGUUCUUCAUCGUUUUAAUCGUGGACUUUCAACUAAGGACGCGGAAUCUCCACAAACUCAAUUAUAUUCACAAUCCGUUCGGGGGAGACUUACUGCGCUCGAUUCAAGAGGCGCCUCUCUCCCCGGCAAAGGAGCCACCAAAGCCGGCCAAGUUUCCUCGACAACCCGCCGCUGUCUCUACUAUUAACCAGACUGUUGGUGGCUUACAAGCUGAGAUACAGAGAAGGAGAGACAAGUUGAGGGCUUUGGAACAGAGAAGGGUUGUCGUCACUCCAUCCCUGUUGAGGUUAACGGACAUCUUCCUCGCGGUGAAGAGCACCGGGAGGUUCCACGGCACGCGCCUCUCUCUUCUCCUCGAGACGUGGAUCUCCAAGACCAAGGAGCACACGUUCAUCUUUACAGACACAGAGGAUGAAGACAUCAACUCCAGAGGUUACAAUUUGAUUGUGACAGAUUGUCCGUCGGACCACAGUCACCAGGCUCUGUCCUGUAAGAUGUCUGCUGAAUAUGACCACUUCAUGGCCUCCGAUAAGAAGUGGCUGUGUCAUGUUGACGAUGAUAACUACGUGAAUCCUGGAGCUCUUCUCUCCCUGCUCUCAGCCUUCCCCCAAGAGGGUGAUGUCUACGUGGGCAAGCCCAGCCUCGACCACCCCAUUCAUACCCAUGAACUACUGGAGGGCAACAAGACAAAAGAAGUGCAGUUCUGGUUUGCCACGGGAGGAGCAGGCUUCUGUCUGAGUCGCAGACUAGCUGAGAAGAUGGCUCCAUGGGCUAGUGGUCCCAGGUUUGAGCAGACGUCAGCAGUGAUCCGUCUGCCAGAUGACUGUACAGUAGGCUUCAUCGUAGAGAGAAGACUGGGGAUAUCCAUGGUCCACAGUUCAAUGUUCCACUCUCACCUGGAGAACCUGCUACUGCUGACGCCCAGCAAUAUACCUCUACAGGUGACUCUUAGUUAUGGGCUGUUUGAGAACAAGAUGAACAGUGUGGAGCUGAAUAGACUCUUCUCCAAGGAGGAUGAUCCCUCCAGGUUUAAGACGGUCCACUGUCUACUCUAUCCACUGACCAGCUGGUGCCCUUAAAGACUCCAACUCCCAGCAGCACCUGUGCCUCCUGAGACUUUCCGAAACGGUGUCAGCACUUCCUGGAUUCUCUGGGUGCGUCUCAAUAAUCUCUCUUUUCUCCUGAAGUGUACACUCGUUUACUACUUCCAACAAAUCUGAAAGUGAUGGGUUGGUCGAGGUAUGGGCUAGUGGGAGUUUCACCCUUACGUCUUACCCCAGUCAUUUACUUGGAAAUCAGUGUACAAACUUUGGGAGCAAGGAGAGAUAAUUGGGACACAGCCCUGGUUUUACAUGGAAAUAACAGGGACUACAACACUAGUCUGGUGCAGAAUGCAUCGUGCACUUCCUGUAACCUAUCUACUUAUUCUAGGAGUUCUAUGAGCCCUCCAGAGACCUUAACAAGACAGCACUUGCAUCAUUUAUUUGCAGGUGUGUAUAUUUGUUGAACAGAGACCAAAAUAAAUAUGAAUAUACUUUUGUUUAUAGAUUUGUAUAACUUCUUAUGAUGAAC